CAGAAAAAAAGAAAAGAAAAAAGGAAACGUCCAUUUGUGCGGAGCUGGAAUUCACUGGGUCGUCUUCUCUGCCUUCAUAUUUUCGGCUGCAUGUUUUUCUUUCUUCUUAAACGUCCCCAAACUUCCCACCGUUUAAGCGUGAUCUGACUGAGAUGCCCCAGGCUAGUCCAUGGGUGUGAGUCGGCUGGAUGUGUUUUACAGAAGACUUCUCCUCACCAAACUUUUCAUUGGGGGAUGGGGUAAACCGGAAGACCUUAAAAGAAUUUUUGAGUUCCGAAAGAUCGUUGCAGACAGAGAGAAGUGCAAGACUCUUGUUUCUGCGGACUAUCCAGUUUACAUAAACAAGACUGAGGAACUCACUGACUGUCAUGUCCACGAGGGUUUUUUCAUCUCUCCACUGGAGGAGUUGGUGCCAGCUAUCCUGCCACCAGAGUCGAUCAAAGCAAGGUUUCAAUUCAUUGUACCCAAGAGGUGGCAGAAGAACAGACCAGUAUGCAUUCAGUUAGCUGGGACGGGAGACCAUUUUUUCUGGCGUCGACGGACCUUGAUGGCCCGGCCUAUGAUCAAGGAGGCUGGAAUGGCUUCUCUGCUUCUGGAAAAUCCAUAUUAUGGCUAUCGAAAACCCAAAGAUCAACUGAGGUCAUGUCUAAAGAAUGUUUCAGACCUGUUUGUGAUGGGCGGUGCUUUGAUUCUGGAGUCAACUGUGCUUCUGCACUGGCUGGAGAGAGAAGGAUACUGGCCCUUAGGAAUGACUGGCAUCUCUAUGGGAGGAUAUAUGGCAUCCCUAGCAGUGACCAACUGGCCCAAACCUAUUCCACUGAUUCCCUGUUUGUCGUGGUCCACUGCCUCCAGUGUGUUUACAACGGGUGUGCUCAGCAGAGCAGUGAACUGGGCAGAGCUGGAAAAGCAGUACACAAUUAAUUCAGUGUAUGAAAAGGAAAUCAUCAAGCUGCUGGAGUACUGUGGGGUUGAUUCAUUUAAGAUGGGAACAGAGCUACAGAGGAAUUUGGACUGUUUAGAGAAUCUACUUGGCCUACCUGGAGGUAUCCCAAUAUCAGAGGGUCGCUUCUUUAAAGAGGAGACGCAGUCUGAGAUUGGCAUGGUCAAUGAAAAGGUCUCGGCUAUAUCAUCACAGUGGAACAGCAGUGGAAACACUCAGCCAAGAACACUCACUGCUCAGAGCAUGGAUCACAGGACAAAUAUGAAUUCCCCCAAAUGUUGUCGGCCAUCACUGCACACAGAGUCGAUAAACUUCAUGAAGGGUGUGAUGGAUGAAUGUACACACAUGGCCAACUUCUCUGUACCUGUAGACACUGGUCUCAUAAUUGUGAUCCAGGCCAGAGAAGAUGCCUACAUUCCUCGAACAGGAGUCCUAAGUCUGCAGGAGAUUUGGCCCGGAUGUGAAGUCAGAUAUCUGAAUGGAGGACACAUCAGUGCAUACCUGUUUAAACAGAAUUUCUUCCGACAGGCCAUUUAUGAUGCAUUUAACAGAUUUUGCCUGAAGUAUCCAAGCUCAUAAUAGCCAUGGGAGACUGAGGCCCUGUUUACCCAUGAACACACACCAUGGUUGACUGGACAGAAGAAAUGACGAUGCCUUUACUACAAAGAUGGCAGCAAAAAUCGAAAAUAUGUUUAAUUUUCAGUUUAUUCAACUAACAGUGGCAGCUUAGUACACUUUUUUUUAAUUCCUCCAGAUUCUCCUGACUUGCCUGGUGUUUGCUCAGGUAAAGUAAAACUAACAUGGAAGAGUGAUGCGGCAGAUCUGUCUGCCGGUGUUUCGACAUCGAAUAGAAAUGUAGGCUUUAUUUUGAUUGACUCUAGAAACCAUGGAACAAUUGUGAUGUCUAGUUUUUAUUGUCAUUGCUUGAAUAUGUACCACAAUAUUCCAUCUUUCCUCCUAAUUUGGAAAUCUCUGGAUUCCACAAGUAGACAAAUCUGUAAUAAGCUACUGAAUGUGGAAGUGUAAUUACAGAAGUAUUAAUUCAGCAGUGAUUGCCUUUUUAUUAAGUAAAGUGAAUCAGCUUGACAUUUCCCUACUGUAUUGAGGGACUCUGUAUGCAUAAUGCACACAGUGUUUUGGCUGCAUACUGAAGAUUUUAACUUGACAUUUUGUCACCUUUUGUAUCUUAUUUUUCUGAAAUAGAAAUGAGCUGAGUGCCGUUGCCUUGUGUUAUAUUUUUUCUUUCUUUUCUGAGAAGAUCUGUGUUAGGUGCCAUUCCCUGAUUGUUUUCAGAGAUUUAUUACAACUGUGAGUCUCUUUGUUUAGUAUAGGUUAUGCAGUACACCCAACCAAAUACAAAGAAACAUCCAGCCACAGCCCGUUGCUUUAAGUGAUUCUAACAAAUGCACUACAAAGACAAGCUGCAGUUGGAGUUGCUUGUACUAUCAUUAACCAUUGUAUGGUUGUCUGUGUACAAACUUGCAAGAUGCUGAGAUGUAAAUCCUGUUUUAUCUAGAUAAAUUUUUUUACAGAACAAAUCCUUUUAGUGAUGUGAACAAAUUGACGCAUUGCUGAUGUUCUCUUAGUUUGGAUACAUUUAAAUAUUUCAGAAGUGUCUAAUCCAUAGGUUAAAGUUCUUCGCCGCUACAACGGAUUUCCGUCAAUCGGUCAAUUGUUAUUAUAAAAAUAAAAUGUCUGUUUUAUCAACAGAAGUUUGGCAAAAACUGUUCAACUUCAUUACAACAAAGCAGAAGAAAAACCUUUGAUUUUAAUUUUCUGAGUUUAAUAAGAAAAUGUUACAGCUGCCAAAUCCGAUUUACAAUGAAAACAUCCUGUUUAUCAUUAUUUUACCGGUCCGUGUAUCAAUGACGGUACCCAUGUUAAUCGCAGUAGCCUCCAUCGACUAAAAAACUUCCUCUGGUCACCAUUGUCCAAACAGCAUUUAAUCAGCUUUUCACAUCCAAAAACUCCUGACAGCCUGGAUCUGAACAGAGUUCACCGCAGCUACUGCUUUGCUAAAGAUGGGAAGAAUGGAGAAGAUUCUGAGGAGAUUUGGAUUUGCUAAUAUUUCACCACUUCAUAAAUCAAUUCUCACAUCAGUUAAAAGGCCACAUACUUGGAAAUUACAUGAAUGUUAUGUUUACACAUGUGUUUUCUCGCUGUGUUGCAAACUUGACAACGUUUCAGUUGUUUUAAGAAUGUGGUCUAAAUUGGCUCAGCCCUGUCUGUUGCUCCACAUCUGUAAACCCUGCGUGCUAGGUUGACGUCAGCGACUCGUCGCUCGUUAACCGCCCGAUGAUUAAUAAAAAAAUCUAUUAAUGAAAUGAA